AUGUCGAACUGGGAGCAAAACCUUCCCCUGCGGCAGCAGGGGCCGCAGGGGCAGCAACAGCAGCAGCAGCUGCAGCAGCAGCAGCUGCUGCUGCAACAGCAGCAACUGCUGCAGCAGCAGCAGCGGCAGCAUGCGCAAGCUAGCAGCAAACGGCAGCAGCAUCAGCAGCAGCAGCAGCAAAGCAACUCAGAGGAAGACGACGGGUCUUCCCUUAGCGGCAGCAGCAGCAGCAGCGAAGAUGAGGCGCAGCGGCCGCACCGGCCAGCAGCAGCAGCAGCAGCAGCCACAGCAGCAGCAGCAGCAGCACAGCUGCCGCAGCAGCAGCAGCAGCAGCAUUUGAGCGCACUUGCUGCACCCUCUGCUGCAGCACUGCCGCCCCAAACACCCCAGCAAACAGCAGCAGUAAACGCGCACUCAAAUUAG